GAUUUGUUAUUUCCCCUUCAUAUUAACCGACGUCUCUGGAUUGUGCUAGAAGCAUACAAGAGGGAAACAUGGGUUGGGUAUGGAAGGACGACGAUGAGGAUCGGAACGCCGAUGAAACCAACGAAUUCGAAGUUUUGAAUCCUGGAUCUGAAGCUCGUUGCUCGACGAGGAAGAUUAUCUCUUCGCAGUGCAGGACUGAGGAGGUAGAGCCUGGUAAAUUCAUCAAGAAGUGUGAGAAAACUGAACAACUUCUUAAAGACUGCGUUGGAAGGCCAUCGGAGGUGGUGCAAUCUAACAAGGAAUAUACAGAAGAAGAUGUAACGGAACAGGUGAAGAAAGGUAUGCCGUCAUCAGAAGUUGUGCCAUUUGACUUCCCUGGACUACGCAGUGAUAUAGAAGCAAUCGAACGUAAUUUAUUUGGCAACAUGAACCGUUUCUUUGAGGCUGCGGAAGACAUGAAGAAUGGCUUCUUUGGUAUUUUCGGGUCACCUCAUCUUUACGAUGGAGAUGCAGAUUCCAAAUCCGCUUUUGGGUCUCAUGUAUAUGACGGAGAUUCCAAAUUCUCUUCAAAACGGAGUGUGCCCAUUGAACCAUUCGGUUCCAAGAGUGUUAAAGCCGAGAAUCGUGAUGGACAUGUCGAUAUUUCAGGUUUGGCGAGAGACGUUUGAAGCAAACUAAAUAUAAUCUUGAUGCUUAUUAGUCAAAGUCAGGUUUUGGAAUAAAGUGAUCAGAUAUUUCAUAUAUUGAAAUUUGAAAGUUAUAAUCUUUGGUUGCUGAAUCAAAUGUGUUGAAGAAUUGUGCUUUU